UAUAAUAAAGAAAAAAUGAAUAGGAGAGACCGGAAGACCAGUCCUGAAAUUGAAAGGAGGAAUAAGGAGGAGGGUAUGCCUCUGGUGGAGGAGAAAAGGUGCUUUUUAAAAAAGAUGGAACUAGAAGGUAGAACUUGCGGAAAACGCAGUCCGGGAUACACGGGAAAAUCGGACCGGACGUAUUUACUUCGGCUGGCAUUGACGAAUGCCCGUCUUCAAAGGGAGAGGGAGGAAGCGACAAAAGAACGUGAAGAAGUGGUGGGAGAAUGUGAGGAGGAGGAGGCAUAUUUCGAUGACGACGAAGAUUAA